AUGAACCUGGCUUUAUACGCCAGGAUAAAUUUGAAAUCCAAAGUCUUGAAGAUGAAUCGUGUUGAAAUGGAAUCUCCGACGGAGCAGGAGAAUGAUCAACGAAUGGCUGAGGAGGAACUGGGGAGACUUCACCGCCAGUAUCGCAUCGUUGAAGGACAUCGAAAGACCUACUUCGAGGAAGCUCGUAAUAUCAUCCGCAAACAAAUGGUACACAUCAACACACUGAGCGGAGAAAUGCAAGAGAUUGACACCGACUUACUGCUGGCAGUGAGCCAAAACAACGUCAAGAAGGACCAGACAAAUACUCACCUUCUCAAGAAACUCUUGGACAAAUUCGAGGAACAUGAAGCUACUGUCAUGGCGGAAGAGGGCGCUCUUGUAAAACUGAAUGAAAAGGUUACACAACUAGAGCGCAUGCUCCAAAAGAAGUACAAGGACCUUGGAGGGUUCCAAGUGGAUAGCAUUCGUCACGUGACAACCCAAAAGCGAAUUAGAGUUUUGGAAAAUCGUCUUGAUAAGGCGACAGUCGGCUUCAACACAAUGCUGACCAAUAACCACGAGCAGAGGGAGCGAAUUGACCAUCUGAGACGUGAGCGCGCCAUCUACGACAGACUGUACCGGAAACUCAGCAAGGAACAAAAAGACCUGAAAUGUCAAAUUACUGAAAUGAUCGACGAAGCGACGGGUGCUUAUGAUACCAGAGACGAAGCUCAAGCUAAGAUGUCCGCUCUACGGGAGCGCACCGAGAGGGAGCAGUCACUAUUCGGUGUAGAAGUCAAGGAACUAAAACGCAUCAUUGAUCACGAUCAGAAACUCAAGGACUUCAUGACCGUAAAAGCUCAAGAAAGAACAGAAAUGAAGGCAAUCGAGGCCGCUAAAAGGAAGAAGAAAGAAGACAAAAAGGCCAAUGAAAGGGCACACACGGAAGAGAUUGAAAUGUUUGAGCGAGCUUUUGAGCGGGUACGUCUCUCCACUGGACAGGAUAACUUAGACCAACUCGUCCAGAGUUUUAUACACAAAGAGGACGUGAACUUUGCCCUCUUUAACUACGUCAAUGAGUUAAACAACGAGGUGGAGGUGUUGCAUGAAGUCAUAGCCGCCCUCAACGGCGAUAUCGAGGCAUUUCAGAAGCAGGGAAUGAAACUGGAGGAAAGUAGACAGACUAUCUUGAAGGAUCUUGAGACAAGAAACACAGACGCAAGCAAGAAAUGUACCCUGUACGAGAAGCGACUGAAACGCUCCAAUAAGCUUGUAGAUCAACUGAAGACGGCCGUAGAGCGGACGUUUCAUCGGCUGUGCUGUGACGACACAGCUAUAGUAGAUCUACUUGGUUCAUCUAAGGGUAUCUCAACAAUGAACGUCAUGAUGUAUCUUGGUCAGAUUGAACAGACUACCAAUGAUCUGAUGCUGAUUCAACAUUUCCUGCAGUUGAAGGAAGCACAUGCUGCUAAAGGUGACGCAGUCCAGCCACAGCAGCUGAAGCAAACGGGUAGUGUGGUCGCAGCUAAACUACGCCCAGUUUCCCGAGUCAGCAUUAGCAUUAUACCGCCCUCUCUUGAACAACAGCAAGACUCAUUAAUUACUGAUGAGGAACUGGAGCUUCCGGCAGCUGACGUUCAACCUUUGACCCUUGAUGACCUCAAACAAAAGGUCAUGAAAACCAUUCGCAAAAAAGAUUCCCAGCCUAAAAGAACCAAGGACAGGGGAACAAACGAAGGCACGUCGCUACAAAAUGGCGGGAAUAAAGACACCAAACAGUAA